AUGGAUUUCGUCACCAAAACGCUAAGUAGCUUUAGCCUGAGCUCCUCGCCGUUUUCGCAGGGUGCACCAUUGGAUGCUGGGGAGGAGGCCACUCGUAUUUGGAAGAUCUACGAAGGAACCAUAAAGAAAGACGGCAGGCCAUGCACGUUGUUUGUUUUUGACGCGACAGACUUGGCGUCGCGUGGCCAGCAGCCGUUGGCAGAGAACAUGAGCGCAAUGCUUCGAAAACUGAGAAUCCCUGGCCUGCUCAAGCUUAUUGAUUCUUACGCCACUUCGUCGGGCCAGGUUACAAUCGCCACCGAGCCAGUACGGCCCGUUUCUGCUCGCUUGAACGAGUUUUCCCCGAUGGCGCGACAAUGGGCCCUGCAGACGGUUUUGGACACUUUGGACAAUUUGCAUAAACACACAAAGUGUGCACACUGUAAUAUCCAGCUGAGCUCGCUUUUUGAAACAGCUAACGGCGAAUGGGCGCUUGGAGGAUUCGAGUUGGCGGGGUUCGUGCCUAGCGAUUCGCCCCCGCUGUGGAGUUAUGGUUCGCUACUACCCAAAAAUGAGCAGAAUUGCCCCCCAGAAAUCCAACGCCAAGGGUGGCAGGCUGUUUCUUCCGGUGGCGAUCGAGCAGCUUUUGCUGUCGACUCGUGGCAAUUCGGUCGCCUGGCAAGAGCGAUGCUGGGCGACAAUAUGCCGGCUCAAAUCCAGCCGAUUAUUUCCUCGUUAAUGGCAAGUGGUAAAAGAAGCACAAUUGUAAAAGCUGCUGCCUCCAAAGAGGCCCUUGAAACACCGCUGGUCCGAGUCGCUGAGUGGGCUUCUAAUCCUUAUGCUUUGAAUGAAAUCGAAUUCAGCCAGCUGCUCAUAACCCUCAACCAAUGCUAUAAUGAUAUUCCCGCUGCAUUUGUUGGCGGCAAAGUUCUCCCAGAGCUUUCAAAGGCAGUCGAUGCCGGCAAAGGAGGAAUUGACGGAAUCAGACUUGCCCUGGCUCUUUGUUGUCGUUUGGAAAACCCACAAUUCCAAAACGUGGCUGUUCCAGUAAUCAUGAAACUGUUUGCAUCCAUGGACCGUGCCGUGAGACUCGAGCUAUUGAGAUCCCUGCCAAGCUUUAUUGACAAAGUCCCUGACCGGGAUGUACAGUCAAAGGUUUUCCCAGCAAUGGGUACUGGGUUUGUCGACACAGAAGCGGUGAUUCGCCGAGAAAGCUUGCAAGCUGUCAAAUACAUUGCACCAAAGCUUUCAAGCCGGCAAAUUAAUGGCGAUUUACUACGAAUGCUGGCCCGCACAAACUCUGACGCCGAAGAGGACAUUCGUGCGGCCACUAUUGUGCUAUUAUGUGACCUGUCGGAACUGAUGGACAAGUCGACUCGCUCUUCGGUAAUUGUAACAGCUUUGGCCCGCGGUCUUCGUGACCCUACCACCACAGUUCGCAUGGCAGCGUUACAGGGCCUGCAAAAAACUUCGCAGCACUUUACUCCAAAAGAGUGUGCUGAAAAACUUGUUGGACCUGCUGCGUCUGCAUUAUUGGAUACCAGUCUCCAGGUAAGACAAAUUGCGCAGAGGGUGUUUGAUAUGCUAGUUGAUCGCAUCAAAAAGGCCUCUGAAGAGUUGGGAGAUGUUGGAGAUCGGCCUUCUAGUGCUGCUAGUAAUGCAAGCACAGCGUCUGCUGCCCCUAGUGCUGUGUCAAGUAUAAUGAAUCUUUGGGGAUCAUCAGAAGCAGCCGCUGCUCCGUCCCCUUCGCCCGCCUUGCCAGCGUCGCAGCCCUCUGCCGCCGCAGCCGCACCCGCCACGGAGAAUACAGCAGUCAAAUCCUCUGCAGGAACAGGAAUUGUUCAGGAAACUGCUGUGUUCCAGUCAAACUGGGACUGGGAACCGGAACCUGCUCCUAAGCCCAAAACAAGAACACUUCGCCCAAUGGCGGCCAAAUCAGUUAGACCAGUUGCCAAACCAGCUGCAAAGCCAACUGCCAAACCAGCUGUAAAACCAGCAGCCAGACCAGGCCAGCAGGCAGCCCCGCCGGCAUCAAAACCAGCUGCAAUUAAUCUAGAGCCCGACGACGAUACGGAAGGAUGGGAUUGGUAA